UUAUGAUUUUAUUUUACCAAAUCUUUUUUUCUGUGUAUUUUUUUGUUUUAUUUUGUAUUUUUACAAUUUUAUCGCAUUAUUAUUUAAUUGCAGAGAAUUGAUAUUUCCAAUUUUUGUUUCAUAUACCUUAAGUCUUCGGUUUAUUUUUGUUUGUUUUCUUUCUCCAAUUAUAAUGUACAGUUCGACCGUUUUUUUCUUUUUUUUGGAUCAAAUUACUAAUAUCAUCAGAUAGAAAAGCUUAAACUCUAAGAAUGGAGUGAGUAUUUGUGCUAGAAAAACUGAUUUAACCACUAAUAUAGUGAGAUAUUAUAAUAUUAGAAGGUAUGGAAACUCUUCUAUGUUGUCCUACGCUGGACAUAAUUAAGUUGUUAUCAAUUGAUUCUAUAUUUGUGAUAACUGAAAAUACAUCUUUAUGUCUUCCUUACAUCAUCCUUAAUUGGUUUACGGUUCGACCAUUUCUAAUAUACUGAGAGUAACAUAAAAUUAGAUGUUGAUUAUCUCCUCCCAAUUAGGAAUGCACAGAAUGAGAGAAAUUCAAGAUGAGACCUCUUUACAAUUUUGUCAUCAUAUCUAUAUAGAGUUAGUUUAUAGAUUACUCUAUCUGUUUCAAAAUGUAAUCAAUUUUAAUUAAAAUCUGCAAUUAUUAAAAGUUAUUACUUUAGAAAACUGUCAUUUAAUAUAUAAAUUUAAUCAAUUACACAAUAAUUUACAUAAUUUAAUUGGUCAUACUAUAUCCAAUAAAUAUAAAGUUACAUUGAAAUAUAAAAACAAUUUCCCUACCAAAAAAAAAACAAUUUAUAUAGUGAAACAAAAAAUACUUUUAAACCAUUAUAUUAUAAAACAAAGAGAAUAUGUAAAUUAUAUUGAAACAUUAGAAUAGUAAAAAUCAAAGAAGCUGAAAUCUCAACGUCGAUAAUUUACGUUGGCCAUGUUAUUGACUUUGAAGAUAACGUGAAUGAUCAAGAACAAAAAGAUUAAUUUUAGCUUCAGUCUUUUUUUUUAAAUCAUUUUACCAAAAAGAAAAAAAGAACAGGAAGAUGACUAAUAAAAAAAGAUACAAACAGAGUACUGUAAAAAGGUGUUGAUCACAAUAGCAAACAUUAUAGUUGCAAAAAUAAUCAACUUUAUAUUAAAUAUUAGUCAAAAUAAUAAAUAUAUAAUAUUAAUAAAUUUCAUUCUAAAUAUAAUUUAAGUUUUAAAAACUUUAUGCUGCACAUGGUGCAGGAAAACAUCUAGUAUUAUUUGAAUUUCAAAAACUAUCUGAUGCACUGACUUUUUAUGACAAAUCAAAUUUAAGGAACUGGGCAAGAGAUUGAGAGGAGGGGUGUGGAGAAGUACAAAGAGUCUUUACUUGAUGAGUUAUAAUGGAGCAUUGAAGUGCCAUUGUUGUAGUCGUAGGAGUUAUACCGGUGAAGUUGGGUAGACGAACAGUUUUGGAGUCGCUGGAGACGUCUGAGGCGAGUAGACUAAAGAAAAGGAAGCUAUAAGUUAUACAAUGGGCUGACUAUUUUGAUGGGUUUGGAUGGUUCGAGACCCAUCAUCUAAACAUUCGCUAUGACAUGACAGUUUGAUUGGUGGGGAAUAUUUUGUCCUAUGUGGCACUCUUAAGAAGCCUUAAAAUUAGUAACUUUUAUAUAGUAGGAUUGUUAAUUCGGAUAGCGGUCAAAAAAUUAUAGCUUUUUUUUUUGUUUCUUUAAGGGUUAAUACUUUUUUUAAGGGUUAAUACAUUCAUGGAUAUUGAUUAAAUUUUGUCCAAAUGAAAAAAUAAAAACACAAAAAUGUCAAAUGAACGACCUACCGCAGAGACUGAGUCAGAGUCUUGAAUAAUAACAGACAGAAGUUCGUUCAAAACAUAAAAGACAGAAGUCAACGGCUGAGGUCCCUGCCAAUAUUCAAAAGAUCAAGUUGUUUGUUAUAGGAAUGCCCCAUAAACGAAACUCGACCCGAAUAAUACAAAAUAAAGUAUACUGUAAAGUUGAUGCAAUUGAUGACAAUACUGAAACCUGUUUCCAAGAAUGCACAACUGGAAUUGAUUUGGAUGUUAACAAACAAAUCAGCAUUUAUAUUGUAAAUCACUAACCUGUGUUUAUAUCAAUAGUGUGAAAUUUUCUUGCAGCCGAUCGAAUGGAAAAUAAAAUUUUAUUAAUUUUUUGGUUGAAAAGCUUGAAUAUCAUUUUCUGCCAAUUAAAUCAUUCAUGGCAAACAAAGUGACGUUUACUUCCUCUUGUCAUUUUUUGAGUAUGUAAUCACCAAUCGCCAAUUUUUUUAUUAUAUAAGAGAGACGACAUUGAUAUCCUAAAAUUUCCAUUUCACAAUCAUAUAUUGUAAAUAAGUUUAUUUUUAAACAUCCAUGGCAUAUCUCAUAUUAGUAACCAGAAACAGAAUCCUCAUGGAUGAGAGUCACAAUAGAUUUGGGAACAAACAGAAAAAGAUUCAAAGACUGAAUUCUAGAAAUUCUCCUUCAUAAGAUUUUACUGGUACUUGAUUGUAGUUUCUUCGUACACAAGUAGUCUUUGCUGACUCAAAUCUUGUUUUCUUAUAGUCUUGAGUUCACGAAUAGUUUUAUUGUCGCGAGUGAGAUCGUUUAUGCAUGUCCGUUGAAUGCUCUUUUAACUUUGAAACAUUUUGUAGUAUAAUUCUAAAGAAAACGAAUGUUUCAAAGUUUCAAAAACUCAUUGUCCACAUAUGACGAGAUAUUAAAUAUUAAAAAAAAGAACAAAAUUACCGCAAAGGCGACCGGUUCCACGGGUAACCAACCUAACACCAUUUUCUUAAAUCUCGUCGACGCGUCUGAAUUUAUUUAUAUAUUCAUUCAUUUCAGACAGUAUGAGAAUAAUCCGCCUUGAUCUUUCUGAUCUUUCUUUUUGUCCGGCGAAGUUAUGGACCGUUCUACGCCGACACAUAACUCUUCAAACAAGGGUCUAAGCGUGAGCUAUCUCGUCUCUCUGAUGGUACUCUGCGCCAGGCACGCGAAUCGCCUCUCCAAGAAGCUAAAGCCGAAGAAGCGAACUCGCUACGAAAACUUCGGCGGCCGAUGGAAUAUGGCGAGCUCGCCGAUGAGAUUUAAGGCUGAAAAGGAGAAAACGGCGGCGAUGGAAGAGGAGCAGCAUGGCCUUUGGCAAAGAGAGAUUUUGAUGGGCGGAAAAUGUGAGCCGUUAGAUUUCUCGGGAGUGAUUCACUACGACCGUAAUGGACGGCAGUUAAGAGAGAUGCCACCGAGGUCUCCACGUGGCUCUCCGUUCCCAGUUCUUAAGACGGGUCGCCGUGAACGGGUCACCGUUGGACAUGAUAGGAACUAAUGAUUUUGAAGCAGUAAACAUAUUAUGUAAUUAUUGUCUAACUGAUUUCACGAACUCAAAGAUAUAGAACUCGAACACAAGUAAUGAUCACACAAAUAAGAAACUCUUCUUAUUAAUCUCUUGAUGAAACUAACUCAAAACCUCAAGCUCUCAAACUCAUAAACUCACACACACAUAUCAUCUCAUGAUCUCUCUAUUUAUAAAUAAGUAAUCCUAAUCUUAUUAGUAUUCAUAGAUAUAGAUAACUCCUAAAUCUAUUUGA